AUGGGCGCGGUGGCGCGCCCGGAGCCGGCCCAGCGGAGCGCGCCGAUGCGGCUGUGCGUGCACGUGCUGGAGGCGCGGGGGCUCCCGGCCAUCUACCUCAACGGCUCCAGCGACCCCUACGUGCGCCUGCAGCUCGGGAGGCGGCGGGCCAAGACGACGGUGGUCAAGCGGAGCCUCAGCCCCGUCUGGGACGAGGAGUUCGGCUUCCUCGUCGCGGACGUUGCCGAGGACCUCGUCGUCUCCGUGCUCAACGAGAACAGGUUCUUCAGCACCGACUUCCUCGGCCGCGUCAAGGUGCCGCUCUCCGCCAUCCUGGAGACGGAGGACCACUCGCUCGCCACCGCCUGGUACCAGCUCCAGCCCAAGAGCAGCAAGUUCAGGAGCAAAAAACGCGGUGAAAUUUGCCUGAAGAUAUACCUAUCGGUUAGGGAAGGCCACUGCAAUGAGUCGCAAAACAUUCUGAUGCAACUUAUCAACGAUACGCCGUGCAGCUCAACUAGGUCAAUUGAAACUAACGAGUCCUCCUUAUCAGCAGUUGCUAGCAGCCUGGAUCAAUCAGCCUGCGCUAGCAUGGACCGUGCAUUCUACCGUAGUGGUGUGGAUCAGUUGACCCAAAGCAACACGGACCAAAAAGUCCCGAGCAGCCUACCUUGUGGCACCACACAGCAAGCAGUUAUUCUGGAGCCUGAAGAGGAUGACGGCGAUGCUACCGGCAAUGCAUCAUCAGUAGUGGAGGUCUUGGCUCGAUACUUCCGUAAAGCUGCUGAUGCCGGACCUUCUCUAACAUCAGACCCCGAUCCCAUAGAUCAGUUUCAAGAAACAGAAAUAGCUGGAUCCUCUGAAAAUGGCAAGAACGGCAUGCCCGAAGUUAAUCUUGAUGAACUACUGAAAACUAUGGAGUCUAAAGAUCAAGGUGGUGCAAUGCCAGGAAACUUACCUGGUGGCGUUCUGCUGGAGCAAUCUUACAUUAUUAAACCAGCUGAAUUGAAUGCCAUGCUGUUUUCAGCGAAUUCAGAUUUCUGGCCAGCAGUUGCAGAAGUUCAAGGACUAAGUGGGUUUCAAAUUGAUCCCUGGAAAUAUGAGAAUAACGAAAAUUCUGUGAAAAGGACAUUAACUUACACAAAAGCUGCAAGCAAAUUAGUCAAGGCUGUAAAAGCUACAGAAAAGCAGACAUACUUGAAGGCAGCUGGAAAUUCGUUUGCUGUGCUUUCUAGUGUUAGUACUCCUGAAGUUCCCUGCGGUAAUUGUUUCAAGGUGGAGAUAUUGUACUGUAUAAUACCAGGUACCCCAGUGCAAUCUAAAGAACAAACCUCACAGCUGACUAUAAGUUGGCGCCUCAACUUUGUUCAGAGCACAAUGCUGAAAGGAAUGAUUGAGAAUGGGACAAGGCAAGGCCUCAGAGAAGGAUAUGCACAGUUCACUGAAUUGCUUUCCAAGAAAAUCAAAGUAGCUGAGCUAGAUGACACUAAAUCGAGCAAAGACAAGAUUCUAGCUUCACUGCAGACUCAUGAACAAUCCAACUGGAAGCUGGUUGCCCGCUUCCUUGGGAGCUUUGCAUUCAUAUUCUCAUUUACUGUUGCAGUGUAUGGCAUUGCACACCUUCGUUUAGUCAAGCCCAGUAAAAUGGUGCAUGGAGGGCUUGAAUAUUUUGGUAUUGAUCUUCCAGAUUCAAUUGGGGAGGUUGUAUUUUGUGCUCUUUUGAUUCUUCAGGGGAAGAAUAUCUUCAAAGUAGGUCAACGUUUUUUGCAGGCCUGGAGAAAACGUGGCAGCGAUCAUGGGGUCAAAGCUCAUGGUGAUGGCUGGUUGCUGACUGUUGCACUUAUUGAGGGAAGCGGCAUAGUAGGUGCAGGCACACCAGGCUUGGCUGAUCCUUAUGUAGUUUUUAUGUGCAAUGGGAAGAGGAAAACUAGCUCAGUUAAGUUCCAGACAUCAGAACCAAAAUGGAAUGAGAUAUUUGAAUUUGAUGCAAUGGAUGAUCCCCCAUCAAGGUUGGACGUGGUUGUGCAUGAUUCAGAUGGACCACUCGAUGAUAAUGCUAUUGGUCGCACAGAAAUAAAUUUUGUGAAAAACAAUUUGUCAGAUUUGGAUGAUACAUGGCUUCCUCUCGAUGGAAGGUUUGCCCAAGGAUCUGAGCCCAAGUUACAUUUAAGAAUUUUUUUGAACAACUCACGUGGGACUGAAGUUGUUAUGAAUUAUCUGGAAAAGAUGGGGAAAGAAGUCGGCAAGAAGAUGCCCUUGAGGUCCUCUCAGACAAAUUCAUCAUUCCGUAAGCUCUUUAGCCUUCCUCCAGAAGAAUUUCUUAUUGAUGAUUUCACCUGCCACCUAAAAAGGAAAAUGCCACUUCAGGGGCGCCUCUUUCUUUCCCCAAGAAUAAUUGGAUUUUAUUCCAAUAUAUUUGGGCGGAAAACCAAGUUUUUCUUUCUUUGGGAAGACAUUGAUGAUAUCCAGGUUGUUCCACCGUCUCUUUCAACAGUUGGCAGUCCAUCCUUGAUGAUCAUCCUCCAGAAGGACAGAGGUCUAGAAGCCAGGCAUGGUGCCAAAACACAGGAUCCUCAAGGAAGACUGAGGUUCCAUUUCCAAACAUUUGUCUCAUUCAACGAUGCUCACAGAGUUAUUAUGGCACUUUGGAAAACACGGUCAUCGGGUCUAGAACAAAAGGGAGAGACGACCGACAAAGAACCUGAACCAAAACAGCUCCCCAAUGAAGAAGUUUCUCUGUUGGGCAACGAAGACGUAAAAAUGUCAGAAGUCUACUCGGCUGUUCUUUCUGUUGAUGUCAAUGCCUUGAUGGAGAUGUUCUCCGGAGGUCCACUGGAACACAAGGUGAUGCAGAAGGCUGGUUGUGUUGACUACUCACCAACAGAAUGGGAGCCAGUAAACCGAAACAUAUACCAGAGGCAGAUCAGCUUUAGGCUAUCAAAAUAUGGAGGAGAAGCGACAACCAAGCAACAAAAAUAUAACUUACAGAAUCGAGACGGGUGGGUCCUUGAGGAGGUCAUGACCCUCCAAGGCGUCCUGCAUGAAGACUAUUCGAGUAUCCAGCUCAAGUACCAUAUGAUGAGCACGGCGUUGAAACCAAACUCAUGUAGCAUUCAGGUGAUGUUAGGGAUUGUCUGGUUGAAGGGCACUAGGCACCAAAAGAAGGCUACAAAGAAUGUCAUGUCGAAUUCCACCAACAGGCUGAAGGAAAUAUUCUCAGAAGUCGAAAAGGAGCUUUCAUCCAGAAAAGGUACCCGUUUCAGCACAACAGAUUGA